AUGCAAAAGGGAUGCCUCGGCAAGUAUCCGUACAGACGCCACGCACUGAAGGGCGGCGGAUGUUGGACGUCGUCCCAGAUCAUGCGCGUACAAGCAAUUAUUCGCAGCGGCAUGCUUUCCUGGUUGAGCAGCGAAGUCGUGGCGAACAGAUACUAUUGGCGGGCAGCGACGCCCCUGAAAUGUGGCGCUGGUGCCGGGCCAUUUGGUCCCGGGUAUCCCAUCCGCCAUGCAAUGAUGGGCUCGGGUCCGUGCUCGGUAGGCUUUGCCAGCAGCGGGACGCCACGAAGGCAGUUGUCCAGGAGUUGCUUCUUCUGA